AGUACUGCGACAACACUCGGCCGCGGCCGCUACAGUGACUACGCACUGCACAACAGUUCGCGAUUGCAGCAGUCAACAACAGCUCCCAGUGGGACAGUUGAGCGUUUCACGCGCCAUUAUGGAUUCGCUGGCGAGUUACGCCAGCGACGGCGACAACAGCAAUAAUUCGGACGACGCGAAGACGCCACCACGGGGACAGGAAGAGGCAAACAGGAGGGCGAGCGACGCCAACUACGACCCGGUGCAAAUGGACAUGAGUGAGGAGAGCAAUAACAACAAUUCGUCCAGGGAGUCCAGUAGCGAGCGCGCGAACAGCCCUACGACGACUCAGUCUGCCUUCGGCUCGAGAACAGACGCUUCUCGGGCUUUGCCCUCUCCAUCAGACCAGAGGCGAGCCGAUCACGAGAAUCACACGAGUUCGAAAGACGAUCAUAGGCGGGGAGAUCGCAACGAUCGGAGUCGUCAUUCGUCUGACAAGAGUCGCCGUUACGACGAUCGAAGGCAACGCGACAGGGAUCGAAGCAGAGACCGGCGAAAUCGGGAUGACGACAAGCGUAAAACGUCCAAGGACGAGAAGAGCGACGACAGAGAGAGGAGCGACAAGGAUCAUCAUUACAGGGACGACCGGAGGGAUCGUAAUCGCGAUAGGAACGACAGGGACAGACGUAGGGAUCGCAGCGACCGCAAUGAACGGGAUCGGCGGCACUCCAGGGACGACCGGUCGAAGGACCGAUAUCGGGACGAGCGCUACCACAAGGAGAGGGAUCGCACGCGAUCGAGGUCGCGGUCGAGGGACCGCGCGCCACCGCUACCGUUUCGGACGAUGAGCUACCGGGAGGAGAAGGGACGGAACAAGCUGGCCCAGUUGGAGAAACUGGGCAUAGAGCUGAAGCCGCCGGAGGGCGGCGACGCCCUGAUGCCCGGCAGCGUCCAGGGCGAACUGAACUACUACAAUCCGCUGGCGACGGCGACGCAGGGCAAGUACGCGGAGCAGAUCCAGAAGAGGAAGCUGCUGUGGGCGAACAAGUCGAAGCAAGACGACGGUAACAGCACGUCGGCCGCGGCCUCCACUGCCAACACGUGGAUGGGGACGACUUUCACGCACGAUCAGGACGGAAAGGUGUCGGCCAAGUUCAAGCGACUGAUGGGUAUCAAGGGCGAUCUGCCUAGCGCGCCGGCGACGGUGGGAACUAAACCGGAUAUUCUGAAAAAGCAGGAGGAGAUGUUCAACAAUAUGGAGCAGCAAUAUGAAGUAGCGCGAGCUACCACGCACACGCAGCGUGGCGUAGGUCUGGGUUAUGCGACCGGCGGCUACCAAUUUCCACGAUAAAAUACGCUGAGAACUUCACGCCCCUCCUCCCCUCAUUGUUUAAUUACAUUUAUAAUAUUGGUAGAUAUUGACGCUGAUAGAAUUACGUUCGCCAAUUCAGCGACCUUAAGUCGGUUCGGUUUUUUUCAGACCGGAUCGCAUUAUUUCUAAGUCUUUCCUGCGAAUUAUGAGGACGAUAGCAAACCGCAGAGCUGACCCAGGUUCAGAGUUCACCGUACGAUUGCAAUGAAGUUAUGUAUUUACGCGUUGUAAGCACUAAAAAUAAAUUUAUUAAGAUUAUCUAAAAAAAAAAAAA